AUGCUUGGAUUCGCAUUCAUCCUGAAAACCUUCAAAAAGCUGAACGAAUUGGAACUCGACCUGAAAUUCCUUGAAUGGAGCCCGCUCAACAUUAUAUUGCUUUAUCUCUUUAUUGGAACUGCUUCACUUGGAUUCCUGGCGAAAAGAGCUUUCGGCAAAAAGACGGAAGAAGAAGGAAAAAGAGCGGAGAAGUAUUUUCCAAAAGGAAUGGAAGAAAUGAUCGGGAAGAUUUUUAUCGAAGACGCAUUGAAGGAACUGAUGCUGGAUGUUGAAAGCGUUAGUUGCAAUAUUUUGAAAGAGAAGAGCAAAAAUGAAGAUAGACUAAAACUGCAAAUUCUCAAUUGCAAGCUUCAAAGGUAA